AGAGGCAGAGGCAGAGCAAAACAGAGAAGAGCAGAGGAAGAACCGUACCGUAGCCAGUGAAUUAAUUGGCGAAAUGGGAUGUGGAUUUGUAUUUCCCUUAUGGCUGCUGCUCGCGGGCCUAGGGCUGAUGGCACAGGGCAUGGCACCGCGCACCCGCUACGAGCCGAAUUGGGCCAGUCUGGACAAGAGGCCGCUGCCGCGUUGGUACGAUGAGGCGAAGGUGGGCAUAUUUCUACACUACGGCGUAUACUCGGUGCCGAGCUUUGGCUCCGAAUGGUUCUGGCAUAAUUGGAAGAAUCUGCGCACACCGGAGUACGUACAAUUCAUGCAGCGGAACUACAAGCCGGACUUUACUUAUCAGGAAUUUGCGGAUGAAUUCACAGCGGAGCUGUUCAAUGCCACACAGUGGGCGUUGCUGUUUCGAGAUAGCGGAGCCAGAUAUGUUGUACUCACCAGCAAGCAUCACGAUGGCUUCGCCUUGUGGCCCUCCAAGCACAGCUUCAGCUGGAACUCCAUGGAUGUGGGACCCAAGCGGGACAUAGUCAAGGAACUUGCCGCAGCUGUUCGCAGCGUCUCCGAUCUUAAGUUUGGCCUUUACUACUCCCUCUUUGAGUGGUUCAAUCGCCUGUGGAUCGACGACAAGUUGCAUCUGCUCAUGCAGCACAGCUACGUGGAUCAGAAGGUGCGUCCGGAGCAGCUGGAGCUGGUGCAGGAGUAUCUGCCGGAGAUCAUUUGGUCGGACGGUGACUGGGAGGCCCCCGCCAAGUACUGGAAGUCCGAGGAGUUUAUUGCCUGGCUCUACAACGACAGUCCGGUGCGGGACACGGUGGUGACCAACGAUCGCUGGGGCAUGGGCACGGCCUGCUCGCACGGCGACUUCUACAACUGCGCGGAUCGCUUCAAUCCGGGCGUGUUGCAGGCGCACAAGUGGGAGAAUGCCUUCACGCUGGAGCGCAGCAGCUGGGGGCAACGUUUUGACGUUAGUUUGUCCAAUUUUAUGAGCACCAAGGAGCUUGUAAAGGAAAUCGUCACCACUGUGAGCUGCAACGGCAAUGUUCUGAUCAACGUGGGACCCACCAAGUAUGGCACCAUUCAGCCCAUCUUUGAGGAGCGCCUGCGCGACAUGGGCCGCUGGCUGAAGCUCAAUGGCGAGGGCGUCUAUGGCAGCGUGCCCUGGCUCUAUCAGAAUGACACCGAGACGCCAAAUGUGUGGUACACACGUGGACAGCAUGAGGAGUCCAAUAGCAGCAUCACCAUCUACGCCUUUGUGCUGGACUAUCCGUAUGACAGCAACGAGCUGGACAUCCACCCGCUGGGCAAGGAGGUCACCAUCAGCCGCAAUGUGCACUUGACUGGCCUGGACUUUGGCACCGAUGGCGAGGUGCUGACCAAACAGACGACAAAAGUUUCAAUGCUGGGCAUGGACAACACUGAAGUUCAGUGGAGCUCGAACCACAACAAGCUGCACGUGAAGUUUCCGCCCAAGAAUCACUUGGAUAAGCGGGGCUUGGACUACGCCUGGACAUUGAAGAUAACCAUUACUUAGGAUCUGCAAGUUGAAACAGAUUCCGAGGGUUUAAUAAUUGUAUUUUUAGCUCCAUCAGCAUAUACUUACUUAUUCUGUAAACGGAAUGGGAAUUUGCCCAUGUUUUUACCUAUAAAGAACGAAUGACAAUUA